GGAGAGUGAAUUUGGAGCGAGGCAAUAAGAUCUCAGCGGAGGAGGAGACGAGGGGGAGGGAGACCCAGCGAGGGAGGAGAGGAGGAUUCCGAGCGCUGCAGCCAGCCAUGGCGAAGCAAGGGGUGAAGAAGACGAGGGACGCGAACAAGAAGCGGAUGGACCUCAUCCUGCGCCUAAUCCUCGCGGCCAACGUUAUUUACAUAGUAGUGAGAAUGGCUGUAAUGCAUUCGUCUUUCACCUGGAAGCAUUGGAUUGGUCUUGCUGUGACAUCUGCUGCAUAUUUUCUGCCGUACAAGCAACUUGCCAAUAUGUCAGAGCCAGAAUACUCUGAGAAUGGAGAGUUAAUUAAUGCUGGUUAUGACUUGAACGCUGGUGGAAUGUCCGAAUAUUUACAAGAUGUGAUAUAUAUCACUCUCUUUGUGCAGCUGAUGUCUAUUUUUUCUGAUAAAUUUUGGUGGACAUAUUUGGUGAUUCCAGCUUAUGGUGGAUACAAGAUUUCCGGUCUGUUGAGAGGAGCAUUUUUCGGUGGUAGUUCAGAGGGCGAAGAAGAGGAUGAGAAGACCCGAAAGAAAAGGGAGAAGAUGGAGAAGAAGGCAUCUAGGGGGAAGAUUAUCAAAACCAGGACUCGUUGAUGGCACAUGUAGUGUAUCGGGGCUCGUUGAUGGCUCAUGUGUAUUAUUGUUUGAAGGGUAGGUUUGCUUUACAUGGCUGUCCAACUGAAAUGUAAGCUGUCGGGCAGAAUUGUUUCAUGAAUUAUUCGAUCAUUUGCCCCAGCAGCUUAGUAGUAGCACAAAUUUGAACUAAUCCUCUUAACUUAUCGAUACCAGCAUUAUCAAUGAGCAGCUCUCUUUUGGGUUAGCAUUUCCCAACAAUGAGA